UUCCACCAGUCACACCCUCAUCCUCAUCGAUUCCUCCUCACGGUGGUGGCGGCAUCCCUUCGAGGCAGGAGGAGCCGCCGACUCAUCGAGGGCAGCCAGCGACAAUCGAACGGACGGCGGGUAGUCCACCAGCACCGGCGAGGCUCUCAAGUUUGGGCAGCGUCACGCAUCCGCCCCUGACUCACGCUUGCCGGCCGGUCCGGCAGCAGUUGUUCCCGUGAGGGCGAGGGCGAGGGCGAGGGCGAGGGCUUGCCGGCGUGGGUCGUCGGGCGAGCAGCGGCUCAGAGAGCACAAGCAGUGGAGCAGAAGAGUGGCACUGGAGGAUCAAUCUCAGUUGACACCAUACGAUUUGAUUCUUCUUCCGGAGCGCAGUUCGUUUUCCAGAAUAAUCUGGGGUUCAACUGAACCCCCAUGUCCCAAAUAAAGGCCGCCCCUUCUCUGAUGAGCCGGCCCCUCCCCGCACCGCCCGUCGUUUGCCCGGCAUUGGUGAACGUGAGAGUCCGGGGGCUAUGGAGUCAUGGUCAUUUCCCCUCAAGGUCUCGUAUUUCUUGCACAGAGUUAUCAAGUGGAGGUUCUGGCAAGGACUUGGGGGCGUCAGAGUACAGUGACCAGGCGUGUGACGAGAAUGCUGCUGCCGGGGAUGAUGAGGGAGACAGUCUAGGAUGGAGCAAAGAUGAGAUUGAUGCCAUCUCGGCGCUCUUCGACCGGCCAAUGCGUCAGAAGCCCCUGAAGCCGCCAAACCCGGCGAAGCAGCGGGCGCUCCCGCUGCCGCUGCCGCACAAGACGAGGCUGCCCGUCGCGCCGGCACCGAAGCAGCACCUCCGGCUUGCAGCAAGAGCGGCGCUCUCCUCGCGCGCUUCCUUCAGCGACCAGGUGCGCAAGAACCCAGAGGCCCUCGUCGGGAUUGCUCGGGAGAUCGCCACGCUUCCCCCAGAGCGCGACGUCUCCGCGGUGCUCGACCGGUGGGCAAGGUUCCUCCGGAAGGGCUCCUUAUCGAUGACCAUCCGUGAGCUCGGGCACAUGGGACUCCCCGAGCGCGCGCUCCAGACGUUGUGCUGGGCUCAGAGGCAGACGGUCGUGCCAUUGUUUCCCGACGACCGGAUUCUCGCGUCCACCAUCCAAGUUUUGGCGCGCUUUGGCCAGCUGAAGGUGGAGUCUGCUCUGGAACAGUGCGUCCCCACGGCGAGCCGUACUGUUCUUGAAGCCAUGGCGAGCGGGUUCAUCAGGGAUGGGAAACUAGGACUUGCGCGCAAACUACUCGAGCUCGCAAAGAUCAAUCAGAGGACGCUGCACCCAAGCAUCUAUGUGAAGCUGAUGUUGGAAGCCGCCCGGACGCCUGAAGGCUACGGACUCGCCGCCGCGCUGGUCGACGAGCUCGGCGAGAGUCCAGACUUGGACCUGCGUCCGCAGGACUGCACGGCUGUUAUGAAGGUCUGCGUAAAGCUCAGGCGGUACGCGGCCGUGGAGAGCCUGUUCAGCUGGUUCAGGGAUUCCGGCGGGAGCCCCACCGUGGUGAUGUACACGACGGUGGUCCACAGCCGCUGCCGCGACGGGAGGCACCGCGAGGCUUUGGCCCUGGUGUGGGAUAUGGAGCAGGCCGGUUGCCUCCUUGACCUGCCAGCGUACCGGGUCAUUGUCAAGCUGUGCGUGGUGUUGCGCGACCAGGAGAGGGCGCUCUGGUACUUGUCGAGGUUGAAGGAGGCUGGCUUUGUCCCGACCGGCGACAUGUACCGCAAUGUGAUCGAAGGUUAUGCGGCGGAGGGGAGGCUGGCCAAGUGCCGGCAGCUGAUCAGAGAGGCCGAGUCGGCCGGUGUGAAGUUGGACAGGAGGCUGCUUUCACGCUUGCCUGAAAGUAGCGAUGGCCGUUCUUCUUGACUCUCUGAAUGUUGUUGACAUCUGACAGGCAGAGUAGAAUCGGAACAGGAACACCACGCUUUUGUGUAAUUACUCUUUUUGUAAGCUUUGUUUUGAGAUGAAUUAUCUAUAACCUUUGUAGUGGUAGAAAGAAGUAGGCGAGUAAUUACGUUUUUGUGGUUGUUGUUUCUGCGCCUCGUGUAUUUUUCACCGAUCAAUUUUCCAUGACAAAACAGCGAAUUGGUGACUGCA